GAAAUCUGUCUUAUUCGCGUAUGGACUCUUGACUCGAAGGCGGAAUGAGAAAAAGCGAGCAUUAGGGCGAGGAUUGGAGGGCCAGAUAGAUUGCACGAAAUGUGACUGUCAGAAUGCGUCCAUGUGUUUGUCCGGGAAAACGCAAGGAGAGCGCGAUGGUCACUUUCAGGGUUUAUUGACGGUCGUUGUCGGUCAUUGUACGGGGACAUUGACAACAACGCCAAGUACGGGCGUCUCGCAAGUUUCAAUCGGAAGAUUGUCAGGCGCAAGUUCGUAUGCGAGUCUGGGCUCGUCGAUUGUCAGGUGGCCGCGGAGGAGGGACUGCGCGAGCGAUCCGUGGAUUAGGGACUGUGGAUAGAGGAGCUUUUUCUUAUUACGGACGUCAAGUGUAAUUUAUCCUAGUUUUCCACUGGUUGGGUUAAUUUCAGUGAGUUUAACAGUUUCUGGUGUUGUACAUCGGGCUCGUCGCACUUGAGAAGCGCGCAGAAUUUCAGGAUUUUCAUGGAAAUAGGGUUUGUAGAAGUUCUUUUGAUACUCGCUUGACGGGGACUUGCCUAGUUUAUCCCUCUCACAGUGGAUUAGUUGGUCUCCGACAGAUGUUUAGGGUGGAUUUUUAGGUGUGGGUGUUGUCAGAAGUCGAUUGUGAAAGGAGUUGGAAUUUUGUCGAUUAUCUCUUUCCACAAUUGUUGCCGGACUGGUGUACAGCUCCUGCAAAUGUCCCGUAUAUGUGCUAUCCGUGGACGGUGACCGCGCCUGUCAAAUUUUGGAUGUUCUAGUGCCUUUCGCCUACAAAGGGCCCUGACGGCCCGCUUCGAGUCGUGGCUCUCCGAGGGUUAGUUUUUCCGGGAUCGUGAAUGUGACGGUCCUACCGUUGGCGAAUCGCGGACUGCCAUCAUUGACAAAUCUCAUCUAGCAACUGUCGACUGUUGACUCUGAAAGGUUCACUGCAUUCACUGGUGUUGAAGACGCCAAGUGACAAUGACGGAGCUUGCAGCACGCCCUGGGCAGCUCAAUUUGGAUGAGACCCCUGCGUGGGGAUCUCGGAGCAUUGACAAUUUCGUGAAGCUGGAGCACAUUGGAGAAGGCACUUACGGUCAGGUAUAUAUGGCAAGGGAUAAAGGCACACAAGAAAUCGUUGCUUUGAAAAAAGUUCGAAUGGACAACGAAAAAGAAGGAUUCCCUAUUACAGCCAUACGGGAGAUUAAACUUCUUAAGAAGCUACAACAUGCUAAUGUCAUCAAGUUGAAGGAGAUUGUUACCUCCAAAGGAAUUGAGAAGGACGAUGCAGACAAGGCUCAUGAGCUAAGUCUGGAUAAAAGCUGCGAGACAAAUUUGUUGAAGGGUAGUAUCUACAUGGUUUUUGAAUAUAUGGAUCAUGAUCUCACGGGAUUGAUUGAUCAACCUGGCAUACGGUUUACUGUACCUCAGAUUAAGUGCUAUAUGAAACAGCUCUUGACAGGUCUUCAUUAUUGUCAUAUCAAUCAAGUACUUCAUCGAGACAUAAAAGGAUCUAAUCUUCUGAUCGAUAACCAUGGAAUUCUCAAACUUGCCGACUUUGGUUUGGCCAGAUCAUAUUCAUCGGACUGUCAUCAAUUGACCAAUCGGGUCAUCACUUUGUGGUACAGACCUCCGGAGCUUCUUCUUGGAUCCAUGAAGUACACUCAAGCAGUCGACAUGUGGUCUGUAGGCUGCAUAUUCGCCGAACUUCUUUACGGAAAGCCCAUUUUUCAAGGGAAGACGGAAGCAGACCAGCUUCACAAGAUACUCGAGCUUUGUGGGUCUUACGAUGAGACAAUGUGGCCGGGGGUUUCAAAGUUGCCCGGUUAUCAUCAAUUUAAACAUCCCAAGCCCAUGAAGCGACGCGUGAAGGAAGUUUUUAAGACGUUUGAUCGCCAUGCACUGGAUCUGGUUGAGCGCAUGCUUACUCUUGAUCCUGCGAAGAGAAUAACUGCAAAAGAUGCUUUGGAUGCUGAGUAUUUCUGGACUGAUCCGCUUCCUUGUUCUCCUAGCAGUCUCCCGAAGUAUGAGACAUCUCACGAAUAUCAAACCAAGAAAAAACGACAGCAACAGCGACAACAACAAGAGGAGAUGGCAAAGAGGAUGAAGAUGCAUCAUCAACAACCACAUCUGCCACCUGUUCCACCUGCAUUUCCACCUAGGCCCCCGAAUGGCAGACCUGCCCACAACAAUCCUCCUCCUGCCGUUCCAUCCGCUCCAUAUCAACAAUAUGGUUGGGGCGGACGUGGUGGGCCGCAAGGAGGUGGCCAACAUAGACAAGGUCGUCAACCGCAUGGUGGACAAGGAGGUGGCUACAAUAAUGCAAAUAACAGGGGUCCUAAUGGAGAAUAUGGAGGUCCAAUGCAAAUGCAGGGAGGUGGUCCGUAUCCUCCUGGGCCUAACAUGGCUGGUCAACCUCCUCCAGCGGGUAGGCCCGCACCGUAUGGAGUUCCUGGGCAACACAAUGGCUAUCCACAAGGAGAGUUUUAUGGCAACAUGGGUGGUCGGCCCCAAGGCGGACCUCCCAUGAGUGGAGGGGGUCGUGGUCAAGGAGGCCAAAGGUAAAUCUGCAAAAUUUGGAGGAAUGAUACGCAAGUUUCCAAAAUAGAACUUCUAUCAAAUGUCUAUGGGGUCAUUCAGUUUCCUAAGGAAGCUUUGCCUCAUGUUUGUGUACUAUGAGUUGCGGUUAGAUGGACAAAUGACUGGAACUGUUAUCUGUGGAGAGUUUCAAUACAAAUUUUGUAAAUAUUUAGUUUACAAGUUCCUUCGUUGUCUUUCUUCGUUUUUUCUCUUUGGAAGAAAGACUAUGUAGAUGUUUAUUCGAAGGAAACUAUUUGAGAAAUUAAGCCCAUGCAUUGAGAAUCCUCCUUUCUGUUCUGAGAAGAAGUCAUUGGAGCAUAUAUUUUCCAAAGUUUGCUUUACUUCGUAAUAGUUGGUGGAUUUGGGUCCUUACUCGGUAUUCGACCUAUUUGCAAGUGACUGCAUAUUGUUCCUCAUACCUUGGUAAUGUAAAUAACUAUGUAUAUGAAAGC